CGUUACCAUGGAAUUUACGGAAAUACAUGCUGAAAAGCAGCAGUGGAGGCUCCAAACGGUUCCAAGUGGGUAGCAUUGUUUGCCGAUAAAAGUAGAAUAUGAGCAAUUUAGGAGUUCUUCUUGGCUCCGGGUGACGUAUUUUUAUUCGUUACACGUUUUUUUGCAGGAAAUGCAGCAGACGAGCAGACUUUCCACAUCAAAGAUGUCCACAUGCAGAAUAUGAAAAUAUCUUAAUCUGAUAUUUUGAACUGCCUGCAAUCUUCAGCAAGAUACUUUUCUCCCAAAGGACAACGUGAACAGAAGGACACACUGCAGUGAAGACAACCUAAAACAAUAGAACAUUUAAAGGAAAUGGACAAUUUAUGAAGUCAGUACUGUCUGCCUGCUUCUAGACCUGUGCAGUGUUGUUGUACUCCACUAUGUACAGUAGGGGGUGAAUCUAGACUAAAUAGACUUGUGUCACCACCAUCAAGUACCUGCAUAUUGCAAGCGUAAAGAAAAACAGCCAGAAGCAAGGAGGCAAAUAGACUGUGAAGCUUUGUGGUUUGCAGAAUCCAUCCCUGAAGAUGCUCCAGACUAGUAACUACUCCCUGGUGCUGCUGAUCCAGCUGACACUGUUGGCCUAUGACCUCUUCGUCAACUCUUUCAGUGAACUCCUGAGGGGAGCGCCUGUCAUCCAACUAGUGCUUUUCAUCAUCCAGGACAUUGCCAUCUUGUUCAACGUGAUCAUCAUUCUGCUGAUGAUGUUCAACACCUACGUGUUCCAGGUUGGCCUGCUGUCCCUGCUGCUGGAGAGGUUCAGGGCUCUGCUGAUAUUGUCUGGUCUUUACCUGACGCUCAGCAUCUGCUUCCACUGCUGGGUGUUGAACCUUAGAUGGCUUAAAUCCAACCAUUUAGUUUGGACUGAUGGUCUUCAAGCUCUUUUUGUUUUCCAGAGAACAGCGGCAGUGUUGUAUUACUACUUAUACAAACGAACAGCAGAGUAUAUGGGAGACCCAAGGCUGUAUGAGGACUCUCUGUGGUUGCGGGAUGCCUUUGCCAGUGCUCGUCAGUGAAGAAGAGACAGUUUUAAGAAAGACCUUAAAAGGCUCUGCAAAGAAAGCCCCUUCUGACUUAACACCGGACAUCAUCGUCAGCAACUCUGAAUUUUGGACUAUUUUUCCAUUUAAAAAAAGAAGCUCUGGAUUAAGCCAAGUCUCAAACCAGUUUGUGUUUACUGACUCUUUGUAGCCAAGCGGGCAGACGGUUGUAUUGGAUUACAGUGGCAGGUAAGCCAACCAUAGCAGUAUUGUAUUAAUUAGGAAGAUUGUGUCUGUUAAUCUACGUGGCCUUUGUAAAUCAAUUUGAGUUGCAGAUAGAAUGCAACACAUUGGAAAAGUUCUGUUAUUGCCCUGCAAAGGAGGAAACCUGUUGGUUUGUGUUGUCUUAUGUAAUGUUAGUGCUGUUUACAUGGUUAGUGUCAUUUUAAUAAGCCAAUGUUCAUGUGAAUCCUGUUUUCUUUGAGUGGGGGAUCUUUUUGAAUCGUGUUCCUGCUGUUUUUAUUAAACAAUCCUUCUCUAA